GAAACAGCUUAGCGUCGAGCAGAAACACGCACCCGGUUCUUCAUGAAAAACAAAACGUCACGUUCUUCACAUGGAGUCACACAGAGAGCUUGAGAGAGCGGUUACAGUGCAGAUCACUGUGUUGACAGGAAAACACUUGAGAGGAAGCAGGUCCGAUUCAUGCCUCAGUUUUAUCCGUGUGGAGUUUAAUGGAUGUGUUCUGGGAGAUUCACAAAAACUGGACGUGGCUGCGAACAGAGAUGCGGUUUACAACUUCACCUGUAGUUUUGAAUGUUCAGAAGUGGCCCACACUCGGGAUGACCUGGCACAUAAACCUGUCAUACUAACAGUCAUUGAGGACUCACCUGAAGAGAAAGAGCAGAAAACUGCAGUUCUGGGUCAGGCUGUUGUGGAUCUUCUGCCUCUUCUGAAGGGUCAGCGUAGCGUCUCAUCCAGUGUACUGCUUCAUGCGGUCCCCGGAUCACCUUUAGAUGUUUCUCAGGAGGAGGACCGAGAAAAAGCCACUCUUGAUGUGUCGGUCAGCGUUCAGGAGCCUUUGCUCUCAGAUAUCCAGAUCUCUGAAUCCAAUAUGUUGAUGGUCACCGUGGAGACGGCGUAUUCUGUUCCUGACAUCUGGGAUCCUGCAUCCACACCUCUAUCCAGCUACAUGGCUGCGCUGCAGAUUCCUCUCACAGCUGCGAAAGAACAAACACUGCUGUUCUCCAAUGGCAGAGCGAAGAUGGGUGGUGAGAGGGAAUCAGUGCCCAGACCCAAAAAAUGGCCGGUGGGUCACCUUCUUGUCCCAGGGGCGGAGGUCAUGGAGGGCCAGUUCAUUGAAACGGAGCCAACGGACAUGAGUCACGGAGACCUUACAGACAUAGAGGACAGUGACUUUAAAGCGAAUGCAGAGUGCAACAGAAACAGAGUGAGUUGGGACACCGUGCGUCGCUGUUUUAUUGAUGCAGGAGGUCUGGCCUGUCUAUCCCGCAGGAUUGCAGAAUGCAGGCUGUGGCCCAUCGAGAUCAUGAGGUGCCCUCAAACUAAACCGACCGAUGCUGGGAAGAACACUAAAGAGAAGCAGGCAAGAAACAUCGUGGAGGAUGAGAUCUUAUUUCAUGGAGUGGUGUACGUGGAUCUGGCGCCGCUGCUGUAUCCUGGAGUUCGCCGUAUCCAUGGGACAUACAGAAUCCACCCAUUUCUUGAAUCUGAACUUCUGGCCAAGGCCCAGAGAACACACAGCAUUCUGAAAGAGAUGAGCAGAGCACCAUCAGCCCACGGCCCAACUCGCCCCUCUUCAUCUGUCGACACUUCAAAAGCCUCUCAAGUCUUUGAGAACAAAAGAGAGAACAGAGAUGCUUUUAAAAAGCUGGUUUCACAGGGAAAAACGGAUCAGACCGAUAGUCUGGCUGAUAUGAAGGUGCAGGUUAACGCGGAGGGACAGAUGUGCGCUGACUCAAGAUCUUACAUUGUUAUCGAAAUUGUUUUGGAAAAACCUCUGGUUCCAAAGAGAGAAAGACCACCAGGAGAUCUGGCCAAACGUUUGAUGCCUCAACGAGCAGAACGAGCAGUGCAUCAUUACCACUCUCAGAUAGCGAGCGUGACCGCCCAGGUCUUGGAUCAGUACCGACAGCUGUUCGGGGCCGCAUUUGCACCCGGGCGCCCACCUUUGGAUCCGGCACUGCGAGAACAGCGCAAAGCACGGCUGCUCGGAGAACUCAACAGCUCUGGAACAUACUUUGCGUUUAAGGAACAGAUUAAGUACUCUGUGGUGAGGAUUGUACGGGAGAAGAUGAUGAGGACAGAUGCCUUCAAGGACCCCGAGGAGCUCCAGGCGUUCCUGAGUCAGCUCUAUGUUUACCUGGUGGAUGAGAUGCACGUUGCUCUUAAUAAGACUCUUUCAGUGGAUUCUCAGGACGAGCAUCAUGAGCCUGGGCUGAGCUGCUCUCAACUUAAACUCUUGGCCAAAGAGGCAGAACUCAACAACGACUACCAGCAAGCCGCGCAGUAUUAUCAGGAGUGUGUGGUUCGAGAUGACAGUGAGCCGUCCCACUGGUUUGAUUAUGGAGUUUUUCACAUGCUGACGGCUGAUCACAUUAAAGCAGAAGAGUGUUUCCAGCGUGCCGUGUCCAUUGAUCAAAAACACACAUCCAGUUUACUGAUGUGUGGCGUUCUGUCUGAGAUGAAUGGACGUUACGAGGAUGCCGAGGCCUUCUUUGAAAGUGCUACUUGCGUUGAGCCUGACAGUGUGGUCGCCUGGACUUUGUUUGGUCUGUUUUGUCAGUCUCAGGAGAAAUCCAUUCAGGCUGAGAUGACUUUUCUGGAGGCCAAUAAGCAUCUUCGUUCAGUCCUGAAGAACAAGCCAAAGGCCACUUCUGAACCUGGUGAGAAGAAUCACCAGACGGACAAAACCAGGACAUCUCCAGCUGGCAAGACAGAAGAGACAGAUAUAGAUGGUAGAUCCGUAAAUGAAGACGACAAACGCGAUUGCAAAGAAGAAGCAGAAAUUUCCCCUUCCAAGGUCAAAAUCACCAUUUACACAGAGGCCGUGCGAUUCCUUCUGCAGAAUUAUGCAUUACAGAUGGCACAGCGGGCACUAGCUCAACAGCUUCUCUCUCCAGAUCGAGGAAGCAACAGCUCGUAUCAUCUCGCUCUGGCUCAGCUCCAGCUGCUGAGAGGAGAACACAACAGCGCCGAAGAGAGCCUGCGAGAGGCACUGACCCACAAUUUACAGGAUCCAGACGUAUGGGCUCUGUGGGGUCAUCUGAAUUACAUGAGGGAGGAUUACUCUCAAGCUAAGAGCUGCUAUGAACGUACGCUUGACUCGCUGGAUGCGGUGGACACACACUCUGUACUUCUCCGCCUGGGAUCCAUCUAUCUGCAGGAUGGGGAAUAUAAAAAAGCCAAAGGUACAUUUCAGCGGGCCUGCAGAAGCUCUCCCUCUUGUCUUACGUGGCUCAGGCUGGGAACUGCCCACUAUAGAAUGGAUGAACUGAAAGAGGCUGAAGACGCUCUGACUAAGGCCAGUGCACUAAACAGCAGGAAUGCAGAAGUCUAUGGCUUCCUGACUUUAGUUUAUUUACGGGCUGGCAGAAAACCUGAGGCUGAACAGUCAUAUCAAUAUGCUGUAAAGAUGAAUUUACAGAAAGAGUUUCUUCUCCAGGAGAUUCAUGAUCUGCAGGCACGUGCUGGAUUUGAAAAGCGGUUUCUUUGAUUAUUUCUGCACAUAGACUAUUAACCUGUGUGUGUGAUUUAAAACUUUCAUUUCUGAUUUAAAUCACCAAAAUUGUCUCACAGAUUUAUUAUACUAUAAUCCUAAUAAAAAUGUGAAUGGAAA